GUCAUAUGUUCUUUCUGCCGGUGGAGACAACAUGGAGACAGCUGGGAAAGUGAUCAAAUGCAAGGCAGCAGUGGCCUGGGAAGCUGGGAAGCCUCUUUCCAUCGAGGAGGUGGAGGUUGCCCCUCCAAAAGCCCACGAAGUCCGCAUUAAGAUCUGUGCCACUGGGGUUUGUCAUACAGACGCCUACACUCUGAGCGGCAGUGACCCCGAGGGGCUUUUCCCGGUCAUCCUGGGCCAUGAGGGUGGUGGAACCGUGGAGAGCGUCGGUGAAGGAGUCACUAAGUUCAAGCCGGGGGACACCGUCAUCCCGUUGUAUGUACCACAGUGUGGUGAAUGCAAAUUCUGCAAAAAUCCCAAGACCAACCUGUGCCAGAAAAUUAGGAUCACCCAGGGUCAGGGGCUGAUGCCCGACGGAACCUCCCGCUUCACCUGCAAGGGAAAGCAGGUGUUUCACUUCAUGGGGACCAGCACCUUCUCCGAGUACACUGUAGUGGCUGAAAUCUCACUGGCAAAGGUCAACGAGAAAGCCCCACUGGAUAAAGUGUGCCUUCUCGGAUGUGGCAUCUCCACAGGAUAUGGUGCUGCCAUCAACACUGCCAAGGUUGAGCCCGGCUCCACCUGUGCUGUGUUCGGCCUCGGAGCUGUCGGCUUGGCUGCAAUCAUGGGCUGCAAAGUGGCGGGAGCGACGAGGAUCAUCGGCGUGGACAUCAACCCCGACAAGUUCAAGACGGCCGAGCAGUUUGGAGCCACCGAGUUCGUGAACCCAAAGGAUCACAGCAAACCCAUCCAGGAGGUUCUGGUGGAAAUGACCGACGGAGGCGUGGAUUAUUCCUUUGAGUGCAUCGGAAAUGUGCAAAUCAUGAGAGCUGCGCUGGAGGCUUGCCACAAAGGUUGGGGUGAAAGCGUCAUCAUCGGCGUUGCUGGAGCCGGACAGGAAAUCUCCACCCGACCUUUCCAGCUGGUGACCGGCCGAGUGUGGAGAGGCACCGCCUUCGGAGGCUGGAAGAGCGUGGAGAGCGUCCCUAAACUGGUGGAGGACUACCUGAAGAAGAAGCUGAAGGUGGAUGAGUUUGUGACUCACACUCUGACUUUCGACAAGAUCAACGAAGGGUUUGACCUUAUGCACGCAGGAAAGAGCAUCCGCACAGUGCUGACUGUCUGAAGUGCUCACAGAACAUCCUUCACAUCUGGCCUUUAAACAGCACUUCCUCCUCAGCACUUAUUGUACCUGUGUUUAUCUGCACAUUUCAAGAUUGACCUGUUUGAAUAAAACUUUUUUCAGACUCUC